AUGGCGCUCACGAGCGACGAGAUGAACUAUCUCGUCUACCGAUAUUUGCUUGAGAAUGGAUUUACCCACGCCGCGUUCGCGCUCGGGCACGAAUCGCGCGUGGACGGAGCGAAAGUCGCGGAGGGGGAUGAGAAAAUUCCACCGGGCGCGUUGAUCGCCUUCACGCAGAAAGGGUUGCAGUACUGCGAGAUCGAGGCGAAUCUGAACGAUGACGGCACGGAUGUCGACGCGGAUUUCAGCAUACUAAGUGCGAAAGAUUUGCUCUCGCACACCGUGGACGAACUCAAAGCCAUCGUGGAGAAGCGCAGGAACAUGUCAGAGGAGGAGCGAAAGGCGCUCAGAGAGGAGGAGGAGAGAGAGAUGCGAGCUAAGGCAGAGGCGAACGGGAUUAAGAUCGAGAACGACGUCGAGAGGGAAAUCAAGGCGGAUGAGGUGACGAUUCUGGACGGACACACGAGCGAAGUUUUUAUUUGCGCGUGGAAUCCGACGAAACAAUUGCUGGCAAGUGGGAGCGGCGACAGCACGGCGCGGCUGUGGACGAUUCCGGCCGGACCGUCUGGCCGCGAGGCGCAGACCAAACUCUCGAAGCCGAAGGUUUUGGAGCACAAGAGUGAUGAAGGUGACGCCGUCGACGCCAUGGACACAGAUGAGGCAAAGAAUGGCGAGUUUACCGCGGACGGCAGCAAACAAAAGGACGUCACCACGCUCGAUUGGAACGCAGACGGCACGCUCCUUGCGACGGGGUCGUACGAUGGCCAAGCUCGCAUCUGGGAUGCGAGUGGCAAGCUCGUAAGGAGCCUGAAGAUGCACAAGGGUCCUAUUUUCUCGCUGAAGUGGAACAAGACAGGCGAGUAUCUGCUGAGCGGCUCUGUGGACAAGACGGCCAUCGUCUGGGAAGUGGCCACGGGCGCGAUGAAGCAGCAAUUCGCGUUCCAUUCCGCGCCCACCCUGGACGUGGACUGGAGAGACGCACAGUCGUUUGCCACUUCCUCUAUGGACCACUCCAUCUACGUGUGCAAGCUCGGUGAUGACAAACCUAUUAAGUCGUUCAAGGGACACAAUGACGAAGUCAAUGCCAUCAAGUGGGAUCCCAGUGGUACGCUCCUCGCGUCUUGCUCGGAUGACUUCACCGCCAAGGUGUGGAAUGUGAAGAAAGAUACGUGCGUACACGAUCUCAACGAACACGAGAAGGAAAUCUACACUAUCAAGUGGAGCCCGACCGGUCCGGGCACUGACAAUCCUAAUCUUCCGCUCAUUCUUGCGACCGCGUCGUACGAUGCGACGAUCAAGCUGUGGGAUGUUGACUCGGGUAAGUGCUUGCACACCCUCGAGGGCCACACCGACCCGGUGUACUCCGUCGCUUUUAGUCCCGACGGCAAGUACCUAGCGAGUGGCUCCUUCGACAAGAACUUGCACAUCUGGGACGUGAAGGACGGGACUUUGAUUCGCACGUACCACGGCGAGGGAGGUAUUUUCGAGGUUUGUUGGAACAAGGAAGGUACCAAGAUUGCCGCCUGCUUCUCAAACAACCGAGUCUCCGUGCUCGAUUUUGCCUGA